AUAGAUGCAUCUCUAAAGACACUGCUGCCAGACGCAUCAGACUCUCACGCAAAAAUCACAGAGUUACACACACACAAUGUCUAAUCGCUACACACACAACAAAAACGAAGGCUCAAGAGGCGCAUUCAAUCCUAGAAAACAACAAUUCGUCCCCAAAAACCCUAAUUCAUCAGCACAAAAACUCUCCGAUUCUCUCCGUCACUCCGAUUCCGGCGCCGUCGCUUCGUCUGCGACCGCCGGAAACAGGCUCACACGGAAAGACGGCGCUUCGGUGCCUAAUCAGACGCGGAGUGGCAAUUUCGUAAAAUAUUUGCCACAUGAUGAGGCGGUUGCUUCUGGAUUGGCUGCUGAUGAAGGUGGAUUGGAUCCUAUUGAGUCGCAACGUGUUGUCGAUUUGCUUAAUCGAGAAUUGUCGCGUUUGCUGAAAUUGAAUCCUCGGGAAUUCUGGAAAGAAGUGGCGAGUGAUACAUCCUUGCACGAUUUUCUGGAAAGUUUCCUGAAAUCUAGAACUAGAUGGUACGAUUUUCCAUAUCGCGGAGCUAGAGGAAUUGUUGCAGGAACUAUUGUUGGGGAGUAUGAAUUAAGUAGGCGUGUCUAUAUGGUUCUAUAUAGAAUAUCUUCCAGUCGAGAUCCAGGAGCUAAGGCCGGGGAUAGUCUUAGUCCAAAAGAUCAUGCAGUCCUGCUGCAGGAAAAGAAGUUGCUUGAUAUGCCCAAGUUGUUAGAUAUAUGUGCCAUCUAUGGUCAUGAAAAUGAAGACUUAACUAGAAAUCUGGUAGUGAAUUCAGUGAAGGCCCAGCCCAGGAUCUAUGACGAUUUUUCUUCAGUCCUAACUCAUUUUCUUAGUAUUGCACAUACAAUGUACCAACGGUGCACCUCAUCUUUAGAGGUUUUGUUUUCCGUUCAUGAUGGUCAAGAUCAAGGUUCCAGGCGGCUUCAUACUGAUUAUCUUGAGGUGAUGGACUUUCUAAAUGAUGCAAUCAUAUCUAUGGAUACAUUUGUUGGUGCAUAUAAGCAUGCAGCAAUUUUUUUCUCAUUUUCUGUCGAAACAAGUUAUGGGAAUGAAGAACUAAUCAGUACUCUUGCACAGUUGCAUGAUUCAUUGUUGCCUUCUUUAAAGCGUGGUUUUCAACUUCUAUUUGCAUCAGAAAGCGGUCGUAAUGAUAUAUCAGCUGACCUGAGAACUAAUGUUGCUGUCAGUUUGAAAAUGUUGUCAAUAAGGAUAGUAAAUUUUGGUUGGAAACUACUAUACUUAUGUUAUCUAAGUGAUGACGCUUUUGAUGUGGGGCUUCCUCUUCAAUCUGCAACGAAGAUUUUUCCUGCUCAAGUGGAGGAUCCUCUUGUAAGGGCAGAGAUUAUAAUUCAGACAUUUAGGGAAGUCAUUGCAUUUUCUGUCAAUCAGGAUGGGAAAGGGAAAACUUUUCUUCAACAUAUGGAAGAGAAUUACAAGCUGUUGGAUAGAAUUGAUUUAUUACUAAACAAAGGAUGGAUUGUAAUGGAUGACGAACAACAUAAGAUGCUAUCUUCCAACAUUAUUAAUCAUUUUGGUGGAAAUAUCACGAGUGUUCUACAUGUGCCAGGGCAUGUAAUAGAACUACCUACGGAUGAAGACUCAGCAAUUCUAGAGUCUAAAAUCAGCCAGAUUAAGGACCUUUUCCCCAAUUAUGGAAAAGGAUUUUUAUCUGCAUGCCUGGAAGUAUAUAACCAGAAUCCUGAAGAAGUUAUUCAGAGGAUUCUAGAGGAGACACUUCAUAAAGAUCUGCAGCUGCUAGAUACAUCAUUGGAAGACAGGCCACCUCCCAAGGCGUCAUCUUUGAGCGCACAUGACAAGGGAAAAGGGAAAUUGCUAGAUUCUACUGUAACAGCAGCUCCCUCAAAUAUAUCUCCGGCAGUAGUCAAGCAACAGAAUUCAAGCACGCAAGUUUCAUCUUCAUCCUCAUCCACAGUUGGUAGAUAUGUCAGGAAGUCUACCGAUGACUUGCCCGACUCUCACACACUCGAUUCCAGAGGCCAUAAGGAUGUAGCAAAGACAGCAGCUCUUGUUUCACAGCUCGAGUAUGAUGACGAAUAUGAUGAUUCUUUUGAUGAUUUAGGCCUAAGCGUUGCUGACUCAGGAUAUGAAGAUACAGAGCUACUUGGCGAUAAGUCAGAUUCUACAAUAGAGAAACCACAUCAGACUUCAAAUAAGGUUCCGAAUACUUCCAACUCCAAGUGGGGGUCCCGCAAAAAGCCCCAAUACUUUGUUAAAGAUGGGAAAAACUACAGCUACAAAGUUGCUGGUUCAGUUGCAGUUGCUAAUUAUGAUGAAGCAGCAUCUUUUAGUCAGGCCCAGAGGGAAUCUGUCUAUGGGCUUGGGAGAGGAGGCAAUGUUCCUCAAGGUGGUCACAGAAGAUUCAUAGAGCCAGCCGAGUCAAAAGAAGAUGAAGAGGUGAUAGCUGAUGCUGAGGAGGGAGGACGUGGACGAGGCAGAGGUUCCCAAAGAGGCAGAGGGAGGGGUGGAGGAAGAAAUCAUUACAGGAAGGACCAAGCAAUGAAAAAACAUUUUUCCCCUUUGACUCGUUACUAGUGGAACAUAUUUUUUUUUUCCCUGAACAAAUUAACUUUAAGAAAUCAUGUUUUGUAUAUUGGCAAAUCUGCAAGUUAGGAUUCUUUUUUGGUUUAAAAGUUAUACAAGUUCGUGUAAUCUUUUUCUCGGGCAAAUAAAGCAUUAGUAUUAUCCUUU